CUAAAAAACAAAGAGUGGAUUUGUCGUGUUUGCGAUACACAUGUCCUCGUCUCUUGCAGCUCACGUGGCGCCUCUGCUCCCGGAGUCGGUAGUUGAUCCAUUUCACAAUCGGAUUUCAGAAAACGACUUCUUUCUCUGCCGCCCUUUUCUUCUGAGAAACCCCAAAUAGAAGAAUUUUCAGCUCAGAUUCUCGAUUGGAUUGUUCGAGACUGCCGAAUUCCCACUCUUCUACUUCUGUAGUUCGAUUCGCUAAUGGCGCUGUUUCGCAAGUUGUUCUACCGCAAGCCGCCUGAUGGGCUUCUCGAGAUCUGUGAAAGAGUUUAUGUGUUUGAUUGUUGUUUCACAACUGAUGCUUUGGAAAAACAAGAUUACAAAGGCUAUGUGGGAGGCAUUGUCACCCAACUGAAGGAAAGCUAUCCUGAUGCUUCAAUUUUAGCUUUUAAUUUCCGAGAAGGAGAGACCCAGACUGAGAUAGGAAGUGUUUUGACAGAAUUUGAUAUGACCAUUAUGGAGUAUCCUCGACAAUAUGAAGGUUGCCCACUGCUUCCAAUGGAAGUUGUUCACCACUUCUUAAAAUCUAGUGAAAGCUGGUUAUCACUUGGGCUCCAAAAUUUGCUUCUGAUGCACUGUGAACGUGGUGGUUGGCCUGUUUUGGCUUUCAUGUUGGCUGCAUUGCUGAUCUACAGAAAGCACUACAGUGGGGAGCUUAAGACCUUGGACAUGGUGCACAAACAAGCUCCUCGUGAGCUUUUAUACUUGAUGUCCCCCUUGAACCCAAUUCCUUCUCAGUUAAGGUACUUACAAUAUGUGACAAGGAGGAACGUCGCCACACAAUGGCCCCCUUUAGACAGGGCACUCACCUUGGAUUGUAUUAUUAUGAGAAUGAUUCCUAAUUUUGAUGGUGAGGGUGGUUGCCGACCAAUAUUUCGUAUUUAUGGACAAGAUCCUUUCUCUGUUUCUGAGCGUGCACCCAAGGUCCUAUUCUCGACUCCAAAGAGGAGUAAAGCUGUUCGACAGUACAAGCAGGGUGAAUCUGAAAUAGUAAAAGUUGACAUCAAUUGCCACGUUCAAGGUGAUGUUGUGCUGGAAUGUAUCAGCUUGAAUGAUGACAUGGAGCGGGAAGAGAUGAUGUUUCGUGUCAUGUUUAACACUGCUUUUAUAAGGUCAAAUAUUUUAAUGCUCAAUAAGGAUGAUAUUGACAUUUUAUGGAAUGCAAAGGAUCAGUUUCCAAAGGACUUCAGGUCGGAGGUUCUUUUCUCGGAGACGGACACUAUUGCUUCCCUGGUUCGUGAAGACUCUUCCUGCUUUGAGGAGAAGGAUGAUGGCCUUCCAGAGGAGGCCUUUGCUAAAGUUCGGGAAAUGUUUAGUAGUGUGGAUUGGUUAGUCCCGAAAGGAGAUUCUGGAGUUGAAAUUCUCAAGGCUCUCGCUAAGAGCUCAAAAAGUCCAAGUUCUGGGAACCAAUCUGGUUUAUCACCAAAAUUUUCCCCAAAUGCUGACAUGGCUAGGAUUCAGGCUGACCACAAGUUUUCACCGACUGAAAUUAGGGCCAGCAUAUCCUCAAAGCUAAUGCAAAUCCCUCCUGGAGAUCAUUCUCCACCCUCAUCAACUUCACCACAUCAUCAAUUUUCUAUAACAAAAACACUUCAUUUGUCACCCAGACAACAAUAUGAAACUAAGGCUCAACCGGGUACUAUGACUGAGGCCAAAGAUGUUUCUCCUCGAAGUGAACCCAAGGAACCAUCAAGUGCUCCAUCUCAGUUGGCAAGAGAUGCAGGUUUCUUUGGACCUUCUCUAUUUCGACAAACAUUACCCUUUACCUCUUCAGAGGAUAAAAUCAGCUCUAUAAGUUCAGUUCCUUCUCUCCCACUUCUGCCCCCAGAGACCGCCUGUGGUCGCCCUUUAAGGGAUGACAAUAUAUUUAAGCCUGGUACUUCUCCUCAUACAGAACGUUCAAAGAAUCAUGAUAGUAGCAUAGAGGAUGGACUUCCUAAAUCUGAAUCUCUUCUUUCAUCAGCAUUUUCAGCUGAAGAUUUGACCGAAGCCCCUAAAGUUGGAACUCCUCCUACUCCACCUCAACCACCACUUCUGUCAGAUCGACAUGCAGCUCCUACUGAGGAUAAUUCAGCUUUUAUAUGUCGUCCAGCCCAACCUGCACCUCUUCCCUCUCCCUCCUCUCAUUCAACAGAAGACUCAGCACCUCGACCUCCAAGCUUUACCCCAUAUUCAACAGAAAAAAUGGCUAAAGCACCUGCAUCUUUUCCACCUUCACCAACCCUUCCUUGCGAUAGUUCAUCUGUUACUGAGGAGAUCUUUUUUUCGUCACCUCCACCUCCACCUCCACCUCCACCACAGAUGCCCCCAUCAGUUUCACCUUUAAGGAAGGAUUAUGCUCCGAAACCUGUGCUUCCACCUCCUUUAAGUCAUCCUGUGAAGGAGGAUUUGGUUUCGAGACCUACUCCAUGUCCUCCUCCUCCUCCACCUUCUAAGGAGAGUUCUAGUGGAGGAGAGCCUACUCCACAUUCUGGGGUUGAUGCAUCUCUCUUAACCCCAGCUAUAGGGGAUAAUUCGAGCGUAACAUCUGUACCUUGCCCCCCACCUCCCCCUCAACUUCCUAAAGAGAUAUCUGGUGGAGGAGGGCCUCCAGUUCCUCCUCCACCUCCUCCACAUCCUGCGGGACCUAGAAAUCUACCAAAUGUACCUCCACCACCACCUCCUCCUGCCCCUGCCACCAAAAGUUCUUCUACUGUUCCUUCAGCACCUCCUCCGCCUCAUUCUACAAAUGGUCCUGCUAGUUCGAGUGGUGGCAGUUUGCCUGGAGCUCCAUCUCCUCCACCACCUUUGGCCCCUCCACCUGGAACAAAAGGGAAAUCUUUGUUGUCCCGUACUAUGGCUUCAAGAAAUAACCAAAUGAAAAAGUUGAAGCCAUUGCAUUGGCUAAAAAUAUCAAAAGCUGUUUCAGGAAGCUUGUGGGCUGAGACUCAAAAAUGUGGUGAAGCUUCUAAGGCGCCAGAGAUUGAUAUUUCAGAACUUGAAUCUCUCUUCUCAGCAGCAGUUCCGAAUCAAGAUGGGGGCAGAAAAACUGGUUCACUAGCUUCAAUGAGCAAUAAACCUGAAAAAGUGCAAUUGAUAGAACACAGGCGUGCAUACAAUUGUGAAAUAAUGCUGUCAAAAGUGAAGAUACCGUUGCAAGAUAUGCUGAGUUCAGUACUUUCCUUGGAAGAUUCUGCAUUAGAUGUAGAUCAGGUUGAUAACCUAAUCAAGUUUUGUCCAACUAAAGAGGAGAUGGAAGUUCUAAAGGGCUACAAAGGUGAGAAAGAUAAUUUAGGCAAAUGCGAACAGUUCUUUUUGGAGUUGAUGCAAGUGCCACGAAUAGAACAUAAGUUGAGAGUUUAUUCGUUUAAGAUUCAGUUUCGCUCCCAGGUUUCUGACCUCAGGAAUAGUUUGAAUGUUGUGAAUUCUGCUUCAGAUCAGAUCAGGGGUUCUGCUAAGUUGAAAAGAAUCAUGCAAACAAUUCUUUCUCUGGGUAAUGCUUUAAACCAGGGAACUGCUAGAGGAUCUGCUGUGGGGUUCAGGUUGGAUAGCCUCCUUAAACUUACUGAGACUCGUGCCCGGAAUAAUAAGAUGACCCUGAUGCAUUAUUUGUGCAAGGUUCUUUCGGACAAAUUGCCGGAGCUUCUUGAUUUUUGGAAUGACCUCUCCAGCCUGGAACUUGCAUCAAAGAUACAACUGAAAUUUUUGGCUGAGGAGAUGCAAGCUAUUAACAAAGGACUUGAAAAAGUUAUGCAAGAGUUGUCCAUGGCAGAAAGUGAUGGCCCAGUGUCUGAUCACUUUUGCCAGGCGCUGAAGGAGUUCCUUUGUUUUUCUGAAGGUGAAGUAAGGACACUGGCUUCACUUUAUGCAACAGUGGGUAGGAAUGUAGACUCACUGAUCCUUUAUUUUGGGGAAGAUCCAGCGCGUUGCCAAUUUGAGCAAGUGAUCUCGACUCUCUUUAACUUCGUAAAGAUGUUCAAGCAAUCCCAUGAGGAAAACUGCAAGCAGUUAGAGUUCGAGAAAAAGAAGGCAGAGAAAGAAGCGGCGGAACUUACGAAGAUGAACGCCUCAGAUACCGGGCAUUUGUUACAGUCGCAAGUCAAAAGCGUCAACUAACUGGAACCAGAUUCUACUGAAGCAGUUCCGUGAACGGGCGUUCGGGGAUGGCUGAAACGAUCUUUCUGGAACUAAACAGUCCGCCUUGCUGGCCAGUCGCCCGAUGAUCGCCUAUUCCUCUGUUGGACAUCCGGUGCAGAAGAACUUCAUGAUGAAAUACGAUGACACUCCCGGCCCUCGAUGUCAGGUGAGUUGAACUCUCUGCUCUCUUUUAUCUCUUUAUAAUUGGAGAAAGAGAUUUUCAUCCGACUCCUCAACUCAGUUCAUGUCGGAAUUUCCGAAGAAUGAGACUUUUUUGUUCCUGGUCAACGUUGUAUGUAUCUUUUAGGCCUCUCAGAAUAUGAGAUAUCUUCUCACACAAAUCUUUUUUGGGGGGAUAUAGUUGGUUAUCUCAAAUACGUUGUAUAGUCAUCUCCUUCAAAAGUAUCAUCUUGAAAUAAAAUUUAGCUCUUUGUAUUAACUCUAAUUAGAGUUCACCAAUUUUGAAUUAUGAUUUAUUAAUUAUAAUUAUAAUUCCGAAUGCA